AAGCCCCCAAGCCCUUCAAAUACCAACUUGCAUUUCCCAUAUAAUUAUCAAACUCUUAACCUCAUCAAAGCGCAUGCACCACCAACAUUUCUCCAUCCAGCAGCCAUGGACGAAGAAACCACCCCUUUCCCGAUUUCCGACUACGCAGAUCUGGACCUAAGCUUCACCAGUUUCACCUCCUCCUCCACCACCGUCACCGACCGCACCUUCACCACUUCCUGCUCCAGCGCCCGCUCCAGCUUAGCCCGCAGCAGCCUCACCCUCAGCUUCAACGAGUCCCGCCUCUCCACCACCUCCUCCACCGCAACGUCAACGGCCACAAAUACCCCCCUCAACCACCGCAAGUGGGACCCCCACUGGUCCGCCAUCAAAGCCGCCACCGCCCUCUCCUCCGACCGCACCCUCCACCUUAGCCACCUCAAGCUCCUCCGCCACCUCGGCACCGGCAACCUCGGCCGUGUCUUCCUCUGCCGCCUCCGUGACGACCACCGCGAUAACCCCGAUGCCGCCACCUUCGCCCUCAAGGUCGUCGACAAGGACUCCCUCACCCCCAAGAAGCUCGGCCACGUCAGCACCGAGGCCGAGAUCCUCUCCAUGCUCGACCACCCUUUCCUCCCUACGCUCUACGCCCGCAUCGACGUCUCCCACUACACCUGCCUCCUCAUCGACUACUGCCCCAACGGCGACCUCCACAACCUCCUCCUUCUCCAGCCCCUCAACCGCCUCCCCCUCCCUGCUGUCCGCUUCUUCGCCGCCGAGGUCCUCGUCGCCCUCGAGUACCUCCACGCGUUGGGAGUCGUCUAUCGGGACCUGAAACCCGAAAACAUACUCUUGCGCGGGGACGGGCAUGUUAUGUUAUCAGACUUUGAUCUAUGCUUUAAAGCAGAUGUAAGCCCCGCCGUCCAACACCGUCGUGUUGAAAAGACGGGGCCCACGAGAAGAAAAAAUACUCACUCGUGUUUUGGUUCGAGGAGGGAGCAUGAAGAGGAAAUGGUGGCGGAGUUCGUGGCGGAGCCCACGACUGCUUAUUCGAAAUCUUGCGUUGGGACCCACGAGUACCUGGCACCCGAGUUGAUCUCCGGUAACGGCCACGGCAACGGAGUUGAUUGGUGGGCUUUCGGGGUGUUUAUCUACGAGCUCCUCCACGGGACGACGCCGUUUAAAGGCGGGAGUAAAGAGAGCACGCUGCGCAAUAUAGCGGCGAGCAGCGGGGUAAGGUUCCACGUGGCGGAGGGAGAAGAGGAGGGAAUGAAGGAGGCGAGGGAUUUGAUUGAGAGGCUGUUGGUGAGGGACCCACGGAGGAGGCUAGGAUGCUCCAAGGGGGCCACUGAGAUUAAACAGCACCCCUUUUUUGGUGGGAUUAAUUGGGCAUUGAUCCGGACUUACAGGCCGCCGGAGGUUAAUGGGCUUAGAAGAAGGCCCAGUAAGCCCCAUGUAAGCCCAGUGGCUGCAGCUUUGCAUAAGAGGAAAAAGUGCUGGUGGAAAGGACUUUGUCAUUUUGUGAAAACUAGAUGUAACAAGCAUAAUAACCACAGUAAUAGCAAUUACUACAAAUAUUAUGUGAGUAGUAAAAUGGUGAGGAAAAGUAGUCAAAUUUAAAUAAAACCCUUUUUUGUUUGUUGUGGGUUUAAGGUGAAAAAUAUUUGUAUAAAUAGGUUAUAAGGAGUCUCAGUGGAGAUGUAAUUUUGUGAGGUACUUGUGAACGGUUGAUGUAUAUGAAUCGGAGUUGUACAAUGAUGAUUCAUUUUCAAUUUUAGAUGUUUGAAGUUUUUAAUUUUGA